UUCACUUUUUAAAGUUAGUGAGUUUUUUAUUUGCUUUCCAAUACUGUGGUUAUACAAGAGGAAACUAUAUAUCCAUAUUCUUCUCAGAAUUGCUUGAUGAAGUUGAGACAUAUUGAUAAAGUUGGUCAUUUAUAAUAAAACAUUUUCUUAAAAUUCUAGGUGUAUUAUGAAAUAUAACAAAUCAGGUCAUCAAAAUAUUUUCUCACAAAUAGUUAUAUAAUAGAAAAUAUAUAUUGCAUUUAAUACUUUUUUCUCCUAAAUCCCUUUCUAAUAUGUGUGCAGUGUUAUAUUAUUCAUUAUACAUUCAUGAUUUGAGAAAUAGGUAUUGUAGGAGGACUUUUAUUUUGGUUCUGUGAACCAUUGUGUUGUUGUGACGUCAUAAGUCUGCGACAGCGACUCGUCGGUCUCAGUUGCAGGUCUGGUCAUCGGUAACACACAGUGAUUGUGAAUCCACUCCCAAAGCAAUUCACCAAUAAACACUCUGAAUAUUGCUGUCAUCUUUGAAUUGAAGAAGAGUUUCCAGAAGAGCAGGACAAACUCCAAGUGUGUCAACCAUUUCUGACAUACUACUGCAAAGAUGGAUUUUAUUAAAGAGAAGAGAGAAGACAUGAGUUAUCAAGAACCACACAGAGUGAAAAAUGAAGAUACUGAGGAACAAAUAGAUGUUUGACUCAACUUAAGGAUUUUCUUGUGAAGCUGGCAGUAAUGUACCAACAAACACUUUUUCCGGACUUUGCCAGUGCUACACAAGUGAAACGGGAGAAAUUCAAAGAGUGUAAGAAGUUACUUCACGCACAGGAUGUGAGCUUCGCAUUGCUUUACCCGACUGACCUGAGAAUUGAUGCCAAGGAUGGACACCUGAUGCAAGUGAAAGUGGAAAGUCAAGAACUGGAUGAAGUGGAGGAGAAACAUCAGUAUCAGACACCUAAUAAUUCUGAAAGGAAUUCCUCACCAAAAACAAUUAAAAAAACAAGAGCCAAAAAAUCUUUAACCUGCCCUCAGUGUGGAAAGAGUUUCAAACAAAAAGUACUCCUUGUGAAUCACAUGAGAAUUCACACUGGAGAGAAGCCUUUCACAUGCCUGCAGUGUGGAAAGAGUUUCACAAAAAAAGGAAACCUUAAGAAUCACAUGAGAAUUCACACUGGAGAGAAGCCUUUCACAUGCCCUCAGUGUGGAAAGAGUUUCUCAUGUUCAAAAGGUUUCAAAUAUCAUCUGCACUCUCAGCACACUGGAGUAAAAUCAUUGAAGUGUGAUCAGUGUGGUAAAAAAUUUAUUUUGACAUCACACUUAAAGGCACAUAUGAGAACUCAUACAAAGGAGAAGCCUUACAUGUGCUCUAUUUGUGGAAAGAGUUAUGCAUGGUGGCACAAUUUUAAAGAUCACCAGAGAAUGCAUACCGGCGUAAGAGAUCAUGUGUGCUUUGAGUGUGGGAAAACCUUUAUUAGAGCUGACGACUUGAAGCUGCACCAAAGAGUCCACACAGGAGAAAAACCUUAUACAUGUUCACAUUGUGGAAAGUGUUUCAGUCGGCUAGGAGCCCUGAAAAUACAUGAGAGAGUGCACACUGGAGAGAAGCCAUACCACUGCCAUCCAUGUGGGAAGAGCUUUAGCCAGUCAGGUCAGUUAUUGUAUCAUUUUAAAAAGUGUAAUGGAAAGUUGCCACAGUAAGCAAAAUUCCUCUUCACUUGCAAUAAAUAGUAUGACAUCCCACCCCCCCCCCCCAAAAUGUGAAUAUUUCAAUGGUGUUUCAAUGGAUCUUAUUAAAGGAAUAGUUCACCCAAAAAUUAAAUUCUCUCAUCAUUCACUUACCCUGAUACCAUCCCAGAUGUGAGGGACAAAUAAAGAUUUUUAGAAGAAGAAAGAGCUCUGUCAGGUCCUUAUAAUGCAAGUAAAUUGGUGCCAGCACUUUGACUGUCCAAAAUCACAUUUACGUCCAUUUCACACAUGAUCUGUUUGCAGUACGUAUGCAGUACAAAUUUUUUUCAGUGCCCAUGUUAACAGGUUAGAGCAUGCAGACCGCACGCAGAUAGAGCACAGCAAUGCGUUGCAGGAGUGGUGCAGAAGCAGCAGUACAGCAAUCAUUUCCGCACUGAGUCUAUUUUUGCUGUGCUGCACGUGCUGAAUUAAAGUGAUAGCGCCUUGUUCGUGGUCUAAAUGAACAUGGAUUGAAACAAAAAUGUAGCAAUUUCACCAUAAAUGCAUAUAAUUAAAGUCUACUGUGUUUCACAGUCACCAUAUGACUUUCAGCCCUGGGAAAGGAAAGGAAACCAAAACACACUAUUACCAGUAGUUGCAAAAAUAAUAAAUGCGAUCAGAAGUAUAUCUAAAGACUUUUUCAUGUGAAAUACACUACACAUUUCUGCAGAAAGCGGCAAUCAGGUGACAGGCUGGUGCUGAGAGCUACACCUUACCUUACAUUUGGAAAAACAAGACAUAAUGGAUGACACUUGUCUCAUCAUGGCGGUGGAAAAACAUAAAGUUCUCUAUGACCCGCAGGAUUUCUUGUAUAAAGAUUUAAAUGCAUAUGAAGUAUCCCAUGUCGUAUGGUUGGGGUUGGCAUCAGUUCAUCCUCUUAAGUCCAUAGUAAUAGACUGACGUUAUGUCUGGCUGGCACCAGCUGCAUUUAGUCAUCAUCACUCAGAAACACAUAGCAGUGGAGUUCGACACCAUGCAGGAAUGGAGUUGGAUCUGGCCGGUUCUGGUGACCUCGGGUAGGAAUCCUGAGGUUGAGACAGGGAUAUAAAUAGAAUAAUAUUUUGCAGAGUUAUAGAUCAUGAUAAAUGUUUCUGGUUCUGGCAGACCUAACGAAAGCAGCCUAAUUGUGAUUUGAUGGAUAAAUUAGGUGUAUGCAUGGCUAAAUAAAUGAGUCUUUAGUCUAGACUUAAACUCAGUGAGUGUGUCUGCGUCCCGAACAGUGUUAGAGGGACUAUUCCAUAGUUUAGGAGCCAAAUAGGAAAAGGAUCUACCUCCUUUUGUGGAUUUUGAUAUUCUAGGAACUAUGAACAGGCCAGAAUUUUUUGAUCAUAAUGAACAUGAUCAAAUAAAUUGUGGUAGAAGGUCACUUAAUUACUGCAGAGCUAGACCAUUCAAAGCUUUGUACAUAAUUAAUACGAAAUUUAACAGGUAGCCAAUAUAACGACAAUAAAAUGGGGCUAACAUGAUCAUAUUUGUUGGUCCUAGUCAUCACUCUGGCUGCUGCAUUUUGAACCAAUUGAAGUUUAUUUAUUGAACUUGCUGGACAUCCUCCCAGUAAUGCAUUACAAUAGUCUAGUCUUGAGGUCAUGAACGCAUUAAUUCAUUUUUCGGCAUCAGCAGCAGAGAGCAUGUGUCAUAACUUUAGCAAUAUUUCUGAGGUGGAAGAAUGCUGUUCUACAAACAUUGGAAAUUAGAUUUUCAAAGGACAGAUUGCUAUCAAAUAUAACACCUAAGUUCUUUACUGUAGAAGACGAUGUAACAGUACAUCCAUCGAGAAUCAAAUUAUAUUUUAGCGGCUUAUUUUUUAGAGAUUUUUGGUCCAAUAAUUUGUACCUCUGUUUUGUCAGAAUUCAGUAGAAGGAAGUUUCUGGCCAGCCAAUCUUUGAUUUCAUUGAUACACUGCUAAUUUGGAGAAUUGUGAAAUUUCGUCAGGUUUGAAGGAAUAUAAAGUUGGGUAUCGUCUGCAUAACAGUGGAAACUUAUUCCACGAUUCCUGAUAAUAUCUCCCAGGGGAAGCAUUUAUAAGGAGAAAAGUAGAGGCCCCAAAACUGAUCCCUGUGGCACUCCAUACUUUUGUUUGAUUUGACAAUUCCUCGUUUACAUAGACAAAGUGGUAGUGGUCUGCUAAAUAGGACCUAAACCAUGCUAUUGCAAGUCCACUAAUGCCAAUGUAAUUCUCAAGCCUAUUCAAGAGAAUGCCGUAAUCUAUGGUGUCAAAGGCAGCACUAAGAUCUAAAAGCACUAGAAGAGAAAUGCAGCCCCAAUCAGAUGAUAAGAGCAAGUCAUUUGUAACUGAUAAGUGUAGUCUCUGUACUGUGGUGGGGCCUAAAUCCUGACUGAAAUUGUUCAUUUAUACUGUUUCUCUGUAGAAAUGAAUAUAGUUGGGAGGACACUACCUUUUCUAGUAUUUUGACAUAAAUGGGAGAUUUGAAAUCGGUCUAUAAUUAGCCAAUUUUCCAGUAUCAAGCUGUGGCUUCUUAAGCGGUUUGAUAACUGCAUUUUAAAGUUUCUUGGGACAUGUCCUAAGGAUAGCGAGUAGUUAAUAAUAUUAAGAAGAGGUUCUGAGAUUACAGGGAAUACCUCUUUUAAGAGCUUAGUUGGUAUUGGAUCUAACAUGCAUGUUGUGGUUUUUGAUGUUUUGAUAUGUUUUGUGAGCUCUUCAUGACCUAUGACAGCAAAGGAUUGUAAAGUUGCUCGUGAGGAAAAUUUUGAGACACUGUUUUCUGAGGUUCUGUGACAGGUGAUUGCAUAAUUCCAAUUUUAUUUUUGAUUAUUUCAAUUUUAUCAGUAAAAAAUUCAUGAAGUCAUUACUAUUGUGCUGCUGAAUAUCUGGUUCAGUCGAGGCUUUAUUCCUAACCAAUUUAGCCACAGUACUGAAUAAACACCUAGGAUUGUUGUUGUUAUUUUCUAUGAGUUUGCUAAAACAUGCAGACCGAGCAGCUUUUAGUGCCUGUCUGUAGCUACAGACACUAUCCUUCCAUGCACCAUGAAAUACCUCUAAUUAUGUAUUCUAUUUUCCGAACAGCUCUCUUGAGAGCAUCAGUGUGAUCAUUGUACCAUGGUGCUGGCUUUAAUUUUCUUUAAUCGAAGGGGGUUGACACUAUCAAGAGUGCACUAGAGAAGACUGUAUUUAUAUUUUCUGUUAUUAUUUUUUGUAUAACAGCACAUCAUGUUUAUAUCAUUUUAUAUAAUAUUUGUCAUAGUAAUAUCAUGUUUAUUUAUAAAUAACAUUCAGAAAGAUUGAAAAUACUCCUUUAUUGGUAUUAAAAUAAUUGUACACACAGCAGGCACUACAUUAAGCAGCACAUAACCUUUUCAAAUGAAUAAUGUUUCUGGUUAUUAUAUGUCAAUUCAAGCAUCAGUCUGUCUGAAUUCCAAGAUUGCCAGCAAUAAAGAAAGCAAAUAUGGUGCAGUCUGCCGUGACUGAUGUAGGUAGCGCAAGUGUCCGGCUUGACGGCUCUCUUUUCAACUCCUCCCCGACUGCAACUGGCAAAUCUCGCCGAUCGGUAAAUCGAGAUGCAGUUCAUAUUGAACUCACCUAACAUGUUUUUAGCCAGAUAACCAGAUGCUGUGUACACUAUGCACAUGGUGCUUUGUGUCAAUUAUCUAACGAUCUAUGCAUCCGAUUACCUUAUGUGUGGGCUUGUUUGAAAGAUAAUUGCCUCUAUUAAGUAUUUGCAUAAUAUUUGUUCUAUUUAUUUUUAGUGAAGUUAUAAGCGAAAACGCGGCAUAUAAGCAACAAAAAGUUAUUUACUUUGUGGCUUACUGAGUAUAUGAGAUCGAUCUGGAACAUUAUUAGUGAAGCUAUCGUUAGCGGUCGAAAGUAUAAUUCUACCUGAACGAUAGCGUGGUGUAGAUUGAGUAACAUUAGCUGAUCGUAGCAUACAAGUGAUGAGGUAAUGGUCUGAGAUGUCAUCGCUCUGUGGCAGAAUUUCUGUAGGAUCAGCAUCAACUCCAUAUGACAGAAUUAAAUCUAGCGUAUUAUUAUGGCGAUGAGUUGGUUCUGUCACAUUUUGUUCUACUCCAAGAGAGUUGAGAAUAUCGAUAAAUGCUAAUCCCAAUGUGUCAUAUUCAUUAUCUACAGUAUGUGAAUGUUGAAGUCACCAACAAUUAAGGCUUUAUCCACAGUAACUACUAGAAUUUGCAAAUUCGCCAAGGAAAUCAGAAUAAGGCCCAGGUGAUCUAUAUACUUUAGCAACACCCAUUUCCUCUGAGUAACACCCAAAACUUCACUGUAAAUUGUAUCAACACCUCCUCCUCGACCCUUCAGACGAGGCUCAUUUUUAUAACAAUGACCUGGGGGAGUAGAUUCAUUUAAACUAAUAUAUUUAUCCAGUUUAAGCAAGGUUUCAGUCAAACAGAGCACAUCCCAACUAUGAUCUGUAAUAAUUUAAUUUACAAUUAGUGCUUUGCUUGAAAGAUAUCUAAUGUUUAGUAGCCCUACCUUUAUAUGAUGUUUAUCUUCAGUUUUUUUUAUUUUCAAGUUUUACCUUAAUCAAAUUUUUUCUAAAUGAUUUAGUGAGAGUUUUGUAGUUCGGGGAACAGACAUAGUCUCUAUAUGAUAUUUAGGUGAUACAGUCUCUGUGUGUUGUAGUUUGUGUGACCUGUGUGACGUCUCAAGGCAGCUAGCAGACAUUCGGAUUAGCAAGUUUUUUUUUUAUCUCCAGUGAUCUCCGGGCAUCGUUAAUGCCAAAAUGAAUAACGAUUUUAGAAAUUCUACGGGUAGAGUGGGGAGAAUCAUUUGGAAACCCUAACAGGAAUGGGAGAGUGGUGUCACUUUGCUGAAUGAGUAUGCUGCCGAAACGUCACCCAAACGCCCUACAAUUGGCUUCUGAUUAUGCUGUCUAAUUGAUUGUGUCUGUAAUCUUUUGUGAAUUAAAAGGAAGCCUGCACAUAAAAGCCUUCUCAAGGAGACAUUCAGUAGUUUCUGACUAUUUGGAAGAUGAAUGAAAGGUAGGUGGGUGAUGUAUAAGCAUAUGGUUUCAGAGAAUUAGGAGGCAUGCCCCGAAGUGGCAGAGUCCCAUUGUUUCUGUUAAAUUGCUUAUUGUUAAUUAUGACUUGGGUGUCAAUUCUGGCUGGGAGUCAAUGGCAGCCCAUAAAACCGUACAUAGGAAAAUGAUGAAUUUUGGCACACUGAUAGGGGUGGUCAUGAGUAGCCCCCAGAAAAAACUUGGGGUUUCUAGGACAAACUCAAUAACGCCACCACCAGACAAAAGUAUCAUGUAUCCUCUGAUUUAUGUUUUCGUGAACUUUCCAAUGGAUCCAACCACUCCAGUCUCUACCCAGGACUCUGGCAACCAUCUUGAAAUUUGACGAAAACAUACUUUUGCAAACUCAUCCCACAGUGUUCAUCGGAUCUUUCCCAAUUUUUUGUCAGAGCACCUUAUCCAUUUCAUGCCCCUUUUUUUGUCAAAUAAAUCUCACAUUAUUACGGUGGUUCCUAUUUACUAUAUCUUUCACACGGCUCCAUAGCACUUGUUAUGCUUUUCACUUUAUCUCACCAGCUGUUGUGUGAUAUCCUCCACAUACAAUAUGCGUCCUGCUUCAGUAAGGCGUUCUUGCAUGCCGUUCACAGCAUUCUUCAAUUUGGUAGUAGUUUCUUUAAUUGUUGAAACAUCUGAAGCUACGUUACUCACUUUGCUGACUUAAGCGAAUACAGUUUCCAAAGUUACACUCUGUUCCAUUUGGAGGAGUACAUUGUCGGAUUUUGUCUCGUUGUUGCCCACAUUCCUUUGAAGGAUAUUGAGUUGUUUGUACAUAUGCUAACGUUACAACCACCAGUCGGUUUAACGGAAAACUUAAUUGCAGCAAAUUGUAGUAGCACAAUGCACCCAAAAACAGCAUAAUAGUGUUAUUGUGAGAAGCCAAAUAGACAAGUCUCAAAAAAGAGAGAAAAAUGAGAGGUGCUAAUUUCUGGGUGGGGUUGUAAUGAACAUCCAAACAAGGAAAAAAAGUGCGAGGUAAUCAGUCAGUGUAAAGCAUUUAUUAAAACAUUAAAAACAUUAAAAAGCCAAAGCGUAUUGGAAGACCAACUGCAUUCGACAGCACAUACAAGAAACACACACCAGUAGGCCUGUCAUAUUUAAGUGAUCCUAAAUAUUAGAGCACAUAGUACAAAAUACCUGCCCCCGCACCCCACCAUGUAAAAAAAAAGAUAAUGUUUACAUUGUUCUGAUGUCCUCACUAUUUCAUAUAAUCUCCAUGUAUUUUAUAAGACCAACCUUGAUUGAUUUAAAUGAUGACUUAAAGAAUUCCACGCCAGAGUUUUAUUAUUUGGGAACCACUGAUUUAAUACUCUUUAAUGUUGAGUUAUACUCUCACGGUUUGGAGUGUAAUGAUUAUAUAGUGUUCCAGAGUAAGGUAUUCACCAGUGACCGUUGUAUAGGACAAGACAAACUACAGAUAUGAGUUUGAAUUUGAGGUCCUCCUCUCAUAUGAAUGCAACAGAAAUAUCUUUUUAAAGAUUUUUGUUAAUAAAAAAAAAUAAAACUAUUUGGGAGUCCGUCACAGGAGGGAAGGACGGCUGAAGUUCCUCAAAAAUGUAUUCAAUAUGAACGUAACAUUUAAAUUGAUAAAAUUAACAGUUUUUUUUUUUUUAAAUUCAACUACUAAUGUGCUUAAACUUAUAUAAUGUGAAAAUAUGUAGGCUAUUUUAUUCCUUUUUCUUCCAUAUGCGGUACCCCUGGCAAGUUUUAAUCACUGCAUUAAUGUCAGAGGAGGCUGACAGCAUCAAGACAAGGCUCCGCUCAGAAGGUGAAAGAAAGUGAAACUUAGCCAAAUAUCAAUGAAAUCCAAGUUAUUGAAGGACCUCAUAUUGAAAAACUGAAGGACAUUUAUUCUGUUCAAUGAACGAGCGGAGGAUGGAGUUGCUCUUCACAUGGUGAAUUGAUGUGUGCUGGAAUGGGGCCUCCCAAUGCAUGAUUGUUUUAAUCCUGCUGUAUUGACAAGUGUUGGGUUGGAGUUCGGAAAUAUUAAAACGCAUCGUUAAUUAUCUAGAUUAACAACAUCAUUCCAAGCCAACAUCAAGGUUUGUAUACAAACUUUAUUAAUCUAGUUUUAAAUUGCAUUGUCAUUUGACUGAUAAAUGAUAUUCAGUCAGCUGUGUUUCUUUAGUGUUGAGGAAGAGUGCAUCGACUCUGCUGGAGACCAUUUUAAAUGAACUACCAUAUUGUUUCCCACAAAUCAUAGAUAGACAAGUGUUACCUUUUUCCCAAUAUGUAAUGGCAGCCGUUUUUUUUUUUUUUUUUUUUUUUAAAGUUAUUGAGAUUUUUAUUUGCUUUCCAACACUGGAAGCAUCCUAGUGAAAGCUGAAUUUCCAUAUUCUACUCAGAAUUGCCUAAAGAAGUUGAGACAUAUUGAUAAAGUUGGUAAUUUAUACUAAUAACAAUAAAAAAAUUGAAAUUAUACAUUAUCGUGAAAUUUCUAGGGGUUUUACAAAAUUUACAAAUAGUUUAAUAAUAGAAAGAAUAUUUCAUUCAAUAAUUUUUCUCUCCUAAAUCCCACUUAUAUUCUGUACAUUGUUUUUUAUUAUUCACUAUACAUUUGUGAUUUAAGAAAUAGGGAGCUUAAGAGGACUUAUUAUUUUGAUUCUCCGAACCGUUGUUGUGACAUCAUAAGACUGCGCCAUCUGCUGUUGUUGUUGCAGGAUUGUCUUCAUCAUUUAAUGUGAAUAAAACGAUGCAAAACGUUCAAAAGUGCUUUAAACCUUUACAAAUGUGAUUUCAACAUAGUACUGUUAUUUAAAUCAUUUUGCGGUGGUUUAGGAAUUGUUGAUAGUUGGUCCUUUUUUUAGAUAAGUGUCAGAUUGACAGUUUGUUGAUACAGACCCAAGAGAAUUGAAGAGAUUGCUAAGUAUUUAUCAUGUUACUUUUUCUUAUUUCUGUCUUUUUUUAUUGUUAUAUUUAUUUGUGAUUCAUAAUUUAUUCAACAUGCAAUAAAGAGGGGGCUGUAUAUACUGAGAAGUGUCAAUAAACUUAA